UGGUGUCUGCAUAAUUUUCCCCAUGUGAUCCAGCUUUGUUACUUCAGUAACAAAAGUGUGCCGAUGUUAUCUGUACAACCAAAAGGGAAACAGAAAGGCUGUGCUGGCUGCAACCGAAAGAUCAAGGACCGCUACCUUCUGAAGGCCUUGGAUAAAUAUUGGCAUGAAGAUUGUCUAAAAUGUGCCUGCUGUGACUGCCGCCUUGGUGAGGUUGGAUCAACUCUUUACACAAAAGCAAAUCUCAUUCUCUGCCGCAGAGAUUACCUGAGGCUCUUUGGUACCACCGGGAAUUGCGCUGCCUGCAGUAAACUGAUCCCUGCUUUUGAGAUGGUGAUGAGGGCCAGAGAUAAUGUUUACCAUUUGGACUGCUUUGCCUGCCAACUCUGCAACCAGAGAUUUUGUGUGGGAGACAAAUUUUUCCUGAAGAACAACAUGAUCUUGUGUCAGAUGGACUAUGAGGAAGGGCAGCUGAACGGAAGUUUUGAGUCCCAAGUUCAAUAA